UUCCCAACACCACGUGUGUUUAGUUUUGCAGCUUCCUUUUUCCCCCCAGCAUGGCCGGUGUGUCUGCCGCCUCUGUAGCCGGUGUAGGAGCCCUCAGCUCUGGCAUGGCAGCGGGGAGAGCCGCCGCUGCAGCCGCCCCGCUCGCUCUGCGCAUAGUGGCGGAGUGUCCGGUGAGCAAAGCCCGGGCGUGCGAUCUCACUCUCCCGCACGGCGCGGUGAGCACGCCGGUGUUCAUGCCGGUUGGGACUCAGGGCACGCUGAAGGGACUCACAGCGAGCCAGCUGGAAGCGCUGGGCUGUCAGAUAUGCCUCGGCAACACCUACCAUUUGGGCAUGAGACCGGGUCCAGAGCUCAUUAAGAAAGCCAAUGGUCUGCAUGGCUUUAUGGACUGGAAACGCAACCUGCUGACGGACAGCGGAGGGUUCCAGAUGGUGUCCCUGGUGGAGCUGUCAGAAGUGACGGAAGAGGGGGUGCGUUUCCGCUCCCCGUACGACGGCAAAGAGAUCCUGCUCACUCCGGAAGAGUCCAUCGGCAUUCAGAACUCUCUGGGCUCAGACAUCAUGAUGCAGCUGGAUGAUGUGGUGAGCAGCACAGUGACCGGACCCCGCGUGGAGGAGGCCAUGCACAGAUCGAUCCGGUGGCUGGAUCGCUGCAUCAAGGCCAAUGGAAACCCAGACAGGCAGAACCUGUUUGCCAUCAUUCAAGGGGGACUGGACCCAGAACUCAGGAAGACCUGCCUGGAAGAGAUGACAAAGAGAGCGGUCCCCGGCUUCGCUAUCGGAGGGCUGAGCGGCGGGGAGGAGAAGGAGCAUUUCUGGAAGAUGGUGACCCUCAGCACAGACCACCUUCCCCGGGAGAAACCGCGCUAUCUCAUGGGAGUCGGGUACGCGACAGACCUGGUGGUGUGUGUGGCUCUGGGCUGUGACAUGUUCGACUGUGUCUUUCCCACCAGAACUGCGAGGUUUGGCUCAGCGCUGGUCCCCUGGGGUUCCCUGCAGUUGAAACACAAGCAGUUUGCAAAAGACUUCAAGCCAAUUGACUCGGACUGUGAGUGCGCCACCUGCAGGAGGUACAGCCGUGCCUUCCUUCACGCCUUGUUUAAGAGUGACACGGCUGCCAUGCACCACAUCACAGUGCACAACAUUGCCUACCAGCUGUCUCUGAUGCGCUCAGCUCGGCAGAGCAUCGUGGAGCAGAGCUUCCCUGCGUUUGUGCUCCGCUUCAUGGAGAGGAUGUACAGCAGCAAGGAGAAGUACCCGCGCUGGGCCGUGGAGGCCCUGGCUUCAGUGGGCAUCGCGCUGGAGUGAGGAGGCAUCGCGCUGGAGUGAGGAGGCAUUGCGGGACUGGUCCAGACACACACACACACACAUACAGCAGCCCUGCACAAUACCUGUCAUUUUUGCGCAGGUGCAAAUGUGCUUUUGUUUUUCAAUUCCCCUGAUCUAUGCCAUGUUGUAUCGGCCCCUGUUGCUCAGAACUGGUACUACACAUUCAGAUGAAUUUAUUUUUAUUUGUUGAUCCAAGCUUUUGAUGCGUUUUUUUUUUUUUUUUUUUUUU